AUGAUCCCUCUGUUUGGCGAAGACGACAUUAGACGGCGCAGAGAAAUCAACCUCGGCGGCACGCGCUCUGCCUCCUACUCCGACAUCCUCCAGCAGCAAAGGCCCAGCGCUCCCAGCGCCAUGACCUCAAGCGCAAGCAGGACAGCGCGACCAAGAUCCAGGCCUGGUGGCGCGACAAGGCGCGAGCUCAAGAAUGUCUUUGCGGGCGACGUUGCGGGGCUGACUGGUCUCCGCUGUCUCGUCCUCCUCGGGGUGGACCAGGAGGCGCUAGGGAUGUGGUCCAGUGCCGUCGUGAGUGGAAGUCAAGUAAGCUCACGGAGAGCAGAUGUCCUGGUGCACAGUGAGGAGAAUUGGCGUGUCCUCCUCCGUAAAACCUCCGUACUCUUGCUGCAAGCAAUAGCCGCGGCACCAGACUCCUACUAUCCUCGGAAGCAGCACCUGAGUACACGCACCUCCUCGGAGAGGCCAUUCGACGAAUACCCUCGUCGAGCCCGAGCCAAAGUCCACCUCGUCGCCAACCUCGUCGUGCUCACCCCGCCGCGCUACAGCAAACUCCCCGCGAAGGCGCUCGAGGCCUACCUCGAGCUCCUCGCCGCGCUCAUGAACGCGCUCCCCACGCACGCGCUCGAGCCGCCCGAGCGCAACACCCGCGACGCCACGCGCACCUGGGCAGACGGUGAUGUCAUGGACGUCGACGAGGACGACGAGGACGACGAGCGCGCUCCGCAGGUGACCGUCGUGGCGUCGUUCGAGCCCCCGCCGCGCCUGCCCGAGCUGGACAAGCGCACGCGUACCCGGCUCCAAACACUCCCGAGCAGCGCGCACCUCAACAGUUUGCUCGGCGCGGCGCAGAACCACCCCUCGAGGCAGAGCCUGAUCGCGUUCUGUUUCGCGCUGACGACGGUGUGGCCGACGAGGAGGGACAAGGUGCUCGGCACGGUCGUCGCGUUCAACGGCGGCGGGCUCGUGCGCGAGAUCUACAGGUUGUACGUCCGGAGCUCGCCCCUCGGGCGCGAGGACACGCUCACCUCGCUAACCGAUCCCGAGUACGCCGCCGCCUGGCCCCCUCUGCUCUUCCUCGUCGACCUCUACAUCCAGGCCCUCCUCACGAUGGGCGACGACGAGUUCUUCGGCCGGGCCGGGCCCGCGACGCACCGCAACCCGCUCACGCUCGACGAGCUCACGUCGUUCUCGCGCCAAUUGCUCAACGUCGCGUUUACGCUUUAUUGGCGGGACGACCUCCGCGCGGGCGCGGCGGGGAGGGCGUGCCGGGGCUCUCGACGUCCGUUCACGCCGCCCGACCACUGGCUCGUCACUUCGCAAGUCGACAUGGUGCCAUUCAUACAAGCCGCUGUCCUCGAAGAGCAGAACCUAGAACAACCCUCCAACGCACGCACGCUCACAAAGCGGCAGGUCGCGUACAUGAGCCCGCGCCUCGGCGUGCUCAACAACAUCCCCUUCGCGAUCCCGUUCGAAGUGCGCGUGUCCAUCUUCCGCCAGUUCGUCGCCUCGGACCUCGUCGCCCGCGGGCUGCUCUCGAGCUCGGGCGCGCUCUUCCGGCAGACGCUCUACCCGAAGACGCGCGUGACCGUCCGCCGGGGGAGCGUCGCGCAGGACGGCUUCGACCGCCUCGGCGACGCGGACCUGCACGCGCCCGUCGCGAUCACGUUCGUGGACCAGUUCGGGAACGAGGAGGCGGGCAUCGACGGCGGCGGGGUGUUCAAGGAGUUCUUGACCAGCCUGUGUAAGGAGGUGUUCGAUUCGGAUCGCGGGCUGUGGUUGGCGAAUAAGAAGAACGAGCUGUAUCCGAACCCGCAUUCGUAUGCGACGGAGGCGCAUAGUCUCAAUUGGUAUCGCUUCAUUGGGCGAAUACUGGGGAAAGCGUUGUACGAUGGCAUCCUCGUCGACGUGGCGUUUGCAGGGUUCUUCCUCGCAAAGUGGCUCGGCAAGCAGUCCUUCCUAGACGACCUCGCCUCGCUCGACCCCGACCUCUACCAAGGGCUCAUCUUCCUUAAACACUACACAGGCGACCCUGAGGAUCUCUCGCUGAACUUCACCGUCGCGGAGGAAGAGUUCGGCGUCGCGCGCACAGUCGAUCUCAUCCCGGACGGGAGCAACAUCGCCAUCACGCGCGAGAACAGGCUGCAGUACAUCUAUCUCGUCAGCCACUAUCGCCUCACGAAGCAGAUCAAGAAGCAGAGCGAGGCGUUCUUUGAGGGUUUGUCGGAGAUGAUCAAACCACGGUGGCUUCGGAUGUUCAACCAGCAGGAGCUCCAGAUUCUCCUAGGAGGCGUGAACUCUCCGAUCGACCUGGACGACCUCCGGCAGAACACGAACUACGGUGGGCUGUACGACGACCACGAGUCAACCAUCCAGCUGUUUUGGAGGAUUGUCAACUCGUUCGACCAGGAGCAGCGCCGGAAGCUCCUCCGGUUCGCCACGAGCUGCAGUCGUCCGCCUUUGCUAGGCUUCAAAGAGCUCGUGCCCAACUUCGCCAUCCGAGACGCCGGCUCGGACGAAAACCGCCUCCCAACGGCAAGUACGUGCGUCAAUCUCCUGAAGCUCCCGCGGUAUCAGAACGAGAAGGUGCUCAGGGAAAAGCUCCUGCAGGCUAUCAACUCGAAUGCAGGGUUCGAUCUCUCGUAG